GAGACUUGUGUGGAAGCAUCACUGCCAGCAACUGCAAACUUAAACAGCAGAGAGUAUGGCUUCCUUUGGCUGGAAGAGAAAGAUUGGUGAGAAGGUAUCGAAGGAGACCUCACAGAACUUUGAAAAGGAGUCAGCUGAAGAAGACCGUAUCAUCGAGAAUGAUGACGUGGACUGGCUCCACUAUGUGAAACGUAAGAAAGGAAUUCUCCUGGAGGAUAAUAUCACAAAAAGUAAACACCUGAAAGAUGAAGGAGCCUUAUUGGCACUGAAUGGCAGGUACUGGGAGGCUGUAAAGAAAUGGGAUGAAGGGAUACAGUUAACACCAGAGGAUGCCACAUUAUAUGAGAUGAAAUCACAGUCUCUUCUGUGUCUUCAUGAAAUCUUCCCAGCGGUGCAAUCUGCUGAGACAGCAGUGAAGAGGAACCCGCACUUUGUGGAAGCCUGGCAGACUCUGGGCCGAGCACAGCUGGAACUGGGGGAAAUAGUCAUGGCCAUACGGAGCUUCCAGGUUGCUGUUCACCUUUGUCCCUCAAACACAGAAUUAUGGGAAGAAGAUCUGAAUUGGGCCCGGCAGCUUCUACAGCAGAAGAGAGAGGUAAAAGGAGAGGACCUACACAGUAAUGGAAGAGAUUCCUGCAUUGAAUCGAUCCCUGACUAUGACUUUGAAAGCGACGAAGUGGUGGCAGUCUGUGAUGCCAUUUCGCAGAGGCAGAAAAAGGCCAGCAAAAAUACGACAGUGGUUGUCUCUUCUUCAGAAGAAGAGCCGUGUCAGGAGUCUGCAAAUGACAACACAACGUCUUCUAAAGAUCCUACAUCUUAUAUCAAGGCACGAUAAGAUUAUUAUAUGUUGGGCUUUUUUUUAUUGACAUGAAUAAUGGUGUGCAGUAACCCAUAGCAACCGAUUAGAAACCAGCUUUCA